UUAGAACAGCACUUGGGACCUACUACAUACCUAACCCAUCUAUAAAAUCGUCACACUCCGUCUGCUUUGCACAUUUACCAACGUUUUGUACACCAACAAAAGAGGAAAGGUAAGAGCAAAGAGAGAGAGAGAGAGCAAUAAUAACAAUUUUCUAAAGAAUCAUCACAAUCACAAUGAGCGGUGAGGGUAAGACUGUCUGCGUAACUGGAGCGUCCGGCUACAUUGCUUCUUGGUUGGUCAAAUUCUUGCUUCAAAAAGGCUACACUGUCAAGGCCUCCGUUCGUGAUCCCAGUGAUCCGAAGAAGACACAACACUUACUUGAUCUUGAUGGAGCCAAGGAGAGACUUCACUUGUUUAAAGCAAAUUUAAUUGAAGAAGGGUCCUUUGAUUCCUUAGUUGAUGGCUGUGAAUGCGUUUUUCAUACCGCAUCUCCUUUUUACCAUAACGUUAAAGAUCCACAGACGGAACUGAUUGAUCCUGCAGUCAAGGGGACACUUAAUGUUCUUCAAUCAUGCGCAAAAGCACCAUCCAUCAAAAGGAUUGUUUUGACGUCUUCUGUAGCUGCAGUUGCGUUCAAUGGCAAGCCUCGAACGCCUGAAGUUGUAGUGGAUGAGACCUGGUGGUCUAACCCUGAGGUCUGCAGAAAUAUGCAGCUAUGGUAUGUUCUUUCAAAGACAUUGGCUGAGGAUGCUGCAUGGAAAUUUGUGAAAGAGAGAGGUAUGGACAUGGUCGUCAUAAACCCAGCAAUGGUGAUUGGUCCAUUAUUGCAGCCAACUCUUAACACAAGUUCUGCUGCAAUUUUGAACUUGAUAAACGGUGCAGAUACCUACCCGAAUGCUACAUUUGGUUGGGUGAACGUGAAAGACGUUGCCCUUGCACAUAUUCUUGCAUUUGAGAAUCCUUCAGCUAAUGGAAGGUAUUGUCUGGUGGAAACUGUUGCACACAUGUCGGAAAUUGUGAACAUAUUGCGUGGGCUUUACCCUUCUCUCAAGCUCCCUCAAAAGUGUGUGGAUGACAAGCCAUUUGCACCUAAGUACCAGGUGUCGAAAGAAAAGGCCAAAUCUCUGGGGGUUGAGUUCACUUCUCUCGAAGAAUGUGUCAAAGAAACUGUUGAAAGCUUGAAAGAGAAGAACUUUUUUAAUACCCCAUCUGCUAUUUGAGGGUCUUGUGAUGUUCAAGUUGCUCGGCUAUCCUUAUUUCAUUGUGUUUUGUAUCAGCACCAUAUGUUAGGCUCGUGUUUGUUUAACAUAAAACGCUCUGCUUACCGUGUUAUGCAUAACUAUGUGUGGGGAGUAUUGGGAAAUAAAUUUUCAUGAUAACUAAAAUCCUGUGUUUUUUUAAUUUAUCUUUCUAUUGCUCUGGAUGUAUCAGGGGACGUUAAAAUUGAAAAGCUUCUAAAUUCCAUGUGGCCAAGAUCGAAAAAUUUCGAUCUCUUAAUGGUAGACGUUUUAGCACGUGGUAUUCCUCUUCAAUCAAAGGAGAUCUUUUCUUUCAUGCAGCCCUUUUUUCUUGGUAUGAUUCUCA